AUGGCGCGGGUGAAGGAGUCCUACCGGAGCCUCGAUGACGAGAUGGACAAGCUCGGGGAGGAUGUCGUGGGCGUCGAGAAGGGGAUUAGGUCUGUUGGCGACGCCAUGCCAUCGAAGAUGGACAGCCUGCAGCGCACCACCGACGACAUCGGAGCAUGGUCGCGUGCAGCACAUCUAAUGAACUCACAGAGUUACUACGGAAUUGAAGUAACAAGUGAUGUGUAUGGUUUUCCGGUAGACCAAGAUGAACGGAGUGGAAUAUUUGUUCAAAUUAGCAACCAAGGAGAUGGAACACAAUCGAGUCGCAACGCACUUAAUGUUGGAUGGCAGGUUUGGCCAGGCUUAUACGGUGAUUCCAACACUCACUUUUAUGUCUACUGGACGCGGGAUGGUUAUCAGAAGACAGGUUGCUACGAUUUAAAAUGUCCUGGUUACGUGCCUGAAGCUAAUGUACGUACGGUUCCAGGAGUUACCAUUGAUGCAGUUUCUAACCCUGAUGGAGUUAAGCGUACCAUCGUCUUCAAAGUUUUCAAGGAUAGUUCUGGAGAUUGGUUACUACACAUUGGAUUUGACUCAGAGCCAUAUUUAAUUGGACGCUUCCCUAAAUCCUUGUUCACUAGCCUGGGUGAUAAAGGAGACACCAUUAUACUUGCUGGCUUUGUGUCAACUCAUACAACCCACCUGGCCCCAAUGGGAAGUGGAUUCCUUUCAAACAAUAUAAAAGCUGCAUCAUUCAGCAAUAUUCAACUCAUUGAUGAUAAAGGCGAAACAUCAAAGGUUCAACAAGAUCACCCAGUCAUUAUUGACGACAAGAACAUCUAUUCUGUAUCUCCGAUCACUGUUGAGGGGAAGUUUACCUAUGGCGGGCCUUUGGAAUGA